AUGGGAAGGAAAUCACCAGCCCAACAUGAGCUGAAUGGUAUCUCUAAAUUGCUGUUUGGUUUAGGAACUGAAAAUGAUGAUGAGCCAACUGUUGAAUUGGGUCGUUGCUUGACACUACCAGUUUUUGUUUUGAUUAAAAACCUUGAUUCAUCAAAACAAAAACCAUGCGCUAAGUACUGGUUGAAAUGUGAAUCAAAAGCCUCGCAGCCCUCGCCGCCUUCCUCUGCGUCGAGACCAAUUUCCUCAUUGGUGUCUGGGUCUCGCUCCAGUUCAUGUAGAUUCAAAUUGAGAACCCUUCGAUCGUUCUAG